GGGCGGGGCCCGGGGGCGGUGACGUCAUCACCCCGCGACUCCAGCCCAUGUGCCCAGUUCCUGGAUAGUAAUUGCUGAAGAGGUCGGGUUUGGAACGAUAACGGGGCCGCGCUCCCUGGAUUCACAGAAGACGGAUCACAAUGGGGACAGAGGAGAAAAAGAAGAAGAAAGGGAAUGAGAAGAGAAGACACCACGGGGCCGAGGGGAAGAAUUUGGGGUCCGCUGGAGAGGGGGAGGGGCCGCCAAAGAAACACAAGAAAGCAGAUAAAGGGCGUCCGUCACAACCCGCCGUCCCGUCCGCAGAGAAGAGCAAGAAAAGCCCGCCUGAAAAUCCCCUCCCGCGCCUGGACCCGAAGUCGGUGGGAUAUUUCCGCAGAGUGGGGGAGACUCUUCAGCAAGGCUUCGGCUCUGAUGAAGACAGGGGUCUGUUUGUCCGGAACGUCUUUAACGAGGUGGCGGGUAACGAGUUGGCUCUGGCCACGGACAUGUCCGGCAGUCUCGUCCUGCAGAAGCUGCUCGCGGUGGCCACUUCCUCCCAGCUCUGCCAUCUCCUGAAGGUCCUCAGCGGGCAUUGGCAGGAGGUGUGCUGGCACCGCAGCGGGGCGCAUGUCAUGCAGACGGCACUGCUUCAGUAUCCUCGUUUUCAGAGCCAGGAGAAGACGGAGGAGGAGGAGGAAGAGGAGGAGGAGGGAGAUCCUUGCCCCGAUCUGGAGGACCUGAUAUUGAUUCUGUGCUCCGAAGUGAAAGAGAAGUUUCUGCUGUACAAUCAGGACACACAUGGCAGUUUCAUCGUACGGACUUUGUUCCAGGUGCUUAGCGGGACCGUCCUGAACCUGGAGACCAAUAAGAAGGGAGCAUCGGGACUGACCGUGAGUUCUGAAUUUGAUGUUCCGGACACUUUUCUGAAGCAGCUGCAGAAGCUGAGUGGAUUGUUUUGUGAAAACAUUGGAGUAUUUGCCACCAAUAAAGUCGCAAGUCUGGGGAUGCAGGUCGCCUUGCAGGUUCUGCACAGGAAGUCGCCAUCUAUGUGCGCUGCGCUGUGUGAUGAUGUCCUUAAGUACCUCUCCUCUAGAAGCGUCUCUGCCGACAGCAGCUCCCUCCUGGUAUUCUUGAAGGAUGAGACCAGCAGCCGUCUUCUGGAGAGAAUCCUGGAAGUCAGUGACAAGAAACAACUCCGCCGUCUUUACAACAACCACUUCCAGGGCCAACUGCAGGCGUUGUGCGCCCACCCCAUCGCCAACUAUACCGUGCAGAGGCUGAUCCGGGCCGCCCAGACCAAGAAGCUGUUCUCCACACUGUUCGAUGAGCUGUCUCCGGCAAUGGAGGAUAUAUUGGCCAAAGGUCACAUGGGCCUCAUCACCAGCCUGGCGGAAACCUGCAAGAAGCUUUCCUGCCGGCAGGCGGAGCUGGUGACCCAUCUCAUGGAGGCCUUCCAUUGUGCAGAGCCAGCCUCCCGCCGCGUCACCUGCAUCCCGCUCUUCCUCUCCCUGCUGACCUAUGAGAUUUAUUAUAAGACCGGGGAGGAGGAGGAGACACUAUCAGAGCACACGGAUAACGUGGAAGCCAAGCUGGAGUCGGUGAACUAUCACGGCUCUGUACUGCUCCAGCACCUCCUGCACUUUGAAGACCCUUUACCGGCUCUGCAGAGUCUGGGGAACAUGACGGAGGACGACCUUCGUACGGUGGCUUGCAGCCAGGCGGGCAGCCAUGUGUUCGAUGCCCUGCUCACCAGCAACACGAUAACAGAGAAACAAAGGAAGAGGGUUUUAAGGAAAUUGAGGGUUCACUCUGUGGAUUUGGCGCGCAACAGAUAUGGAAGCCGAGUGCUGGACCGCAUCUGGAACGCUUCCACCAUGGGGGUUAAAGAGGAGAUCGCACAGAAGCUGGUUGAGCAGCUCCGCGAGCUGCAGAAUGACCCAAUCGGACACCACAUCGCCCGGAACUUCGCCCUGGCACACUUUGUGAAGCGGAGGAAAGACUGGGAGGGGCAUCAGCAGGCGGAGAACAAACGGCGUAAGAUGUUUGCAGACAUCCUGGCGGACUAAUUGGGGGGGGUCCUGUUGUCACCCACAUUUUCUGUUGCUCCCUGUUUUUAUCUCUUACAAUGUAAUGACUGUUCCUACCGGGAACGUUCACAGUCGGCUCCAUCCAAAGUUGAUAGUUUUGUACCGUUGAUGACAGAUUCAAUCAGCCGCUUCCUUCCUUCUUGUUAAUCUCUCCGCAGUAGGAUUAUUUCUUAUUGUGACCAAUGGAUAAGAAGUGUUAUAAAGCUAAAUAUCUGCAGAGGGUGACACCAUCAUGGUCCUGGGGGGUGGAGACACUACUGCAGGCACGCUGGUGGAAACGCUGAGAGAAAUGAGGCAGUGGAUUAUUUAACCCUUCCCAAACUGACAUUGCAGAAGAUCAGCAGCACUGAGAUGUAACAAAGGAGGAAAAUAGAAAAAGGUUGAAACGU